AUGACUGAACAAAUAAAUGAUCCACUUCCACCUCCCAGUAGCUACUUGAAUACCGCAGUAAGGAAAAUGCUUCGAGAUACCGUUGAUGAAAGAAUUCAAGAAAUUGUCCAACAAACAAUCGAAAGCUUAAACCAGGGCCCACCUACUUGGUUCACUAACGAAAUGAGCAGAGUAAAUGAUAAGCUUGAUAGUCUUGAGAGAAGAAUGGAAUCUGGCUUCAACCUUUUCGAUUACAGAAAUGCAUGUCUUAUCAAUAUGUUCAGGAGAAUGAAUGGAUGUAAAGCUAUUCCUGUUCCAUUCUUGGCUGCGGAAGCUAUUCUAGGUCAUCAGUUACCUCCAAUUGCUUCUGUUGAAGAUAUUGACUUACUAGAUAGACAUGAUUGCCAAACAUAUUUAAGAGCAUAUCAAGUCCAAUUUCAUCCUAAUGAAAUAGUCAAGUUAAAAGAAAGAUUAAGAGAUGCAAUUGGCUUAGCGGUUAAUCAUGAUGUGUGCUUUCAAUUCAGUGGUUUCCAUAGUUAA